AUGGCUAAGGUGCCAGAGGACGACUCGUCUCGUACUCCUGGCACAGGGAGCAACAGCACCAGCACCAUGCAGUCGGAUCUCGGCAUUGGGACAGCAGCAGCAGCAGCAGCAGCAGCAGCAGCAGCAGCAGCAGCGUCCACCGUUAGCGCCUCCGGCAGCACGAGCGGCAGCGGCAGAUCGAGCUCAGCGACUAGCGCGAUUCAUCCUCGGCUAGUGACCCCGGCACCGUCAUCUUCGACCGGAUCAGCUGCUUUCUCUUCUUUGAGCUCGACUUCUUCUGUUUCUGGAUCCCCUCCACCGGCUUCACCUCCCUUGGUGCGAGCCCAAUCGUUGCGGUCGGCUACGUCAAGCAGCUCCGCCGGCGCUCCCAGCAGCAGCAGUCCCAGCGGCUCCGACAACCGUCCCCGCCUGGCCUCAAGAGCCUCAUCGUCAGGAACGGUCUCACGCCUAUCGCCCUUGUCGACCGUAGCCGCCUCGUCGUCGUCCUCGUCGUCGUCGUCGUCGUCGUCUUCGAGUCCAUUGUACCACGCCUGGUCGACCCCCACCUCCUCCAGAUCGUCAUCACCACCGCCUUCGUCGUCGUCGUCGUCUCCGCCGUCGAUCACCUCGCGUCGAUUGUCAGUCGCGACGUACGCCGGCUCGUCGGUCGGUUCGACGCGGCGCAGUCGACGAGGCACCGUGUCGUCGAUCGUCUCGUCCUCGACCAGCCUCACCUACCACACCACCAGCCUCGAGAGCGGGGCUGAAUCAGAAUCGAGCCAUCACAUAGGCCCCCACGUCACCGGCAUGGUCUCGCCGUCCCACGACAAGGCUCCUACAUCUUCGUCCAACCUUGCCCCACCUUCGUCGGUGUCGAGCAGCGUCGGCGGCAAUGGCGGCAGCGGCUUCUCCUCGAGCUUGUUGUCGACGACGGCUACGACCAAAAGAUCCCCUUUGGCUACAUCUACCGUGGUGACGACGACCCCGUUGACGUCUUCCCCACUCGGAUCGAGCGAGUCGUCGCACCCCUCUUCCCCAUCUCACGCCAUCGCGAUCCCCUCGGCGACUCAAUCCGUCCCCGCCGUCAUCGCCCCUUCGCCCACCACCACACCCUCCAGCGUUCGACUGAGCACUACUCCCCUAUUCCCAUCUCCGUUAGCACAAGCCUCGGGUCCUGAAGAGGAUGGCGAGCCUUCGAAAGGCGACGAAGACGAGGAUGAGGAAGCCAUCGACGAUGAAGAAGAGGAGAUUGGUCAUCGAGGAGGCCGAGGGGCCCUCGGCGGAGGAAGGGCAGGAAGUCCUCUCGUACGCGAGAAUCUGGCACCUUUUGGAGGUGAGUCAGCACUCUGUUCCCGUCUCUCUUUCGCGGACCCGACCGGACGUACGAAACUGACCCGCUUGGCAUCUUGCAGAUAUCGAUAUCUCACCGACACUGUCCAUCGUCGGCUUGCCGGAUAUCAAUGCUCCGGGCUCACAGGGCAAUUCGUCUUCUACGCUGUCGACACCCCGAGUCAGAUCUACGACGGCACCGAAUGCGACGACGCACCACAAACGCUCGCCCAGCCUCGUCGAUAGCAGUCCCGAGCAUGACCUCGCUCGCAACAACUGGGCACCACGCGUGCGGUCGAUAGGACGAGCGAGCGGUCUCCCCGUCAGCUCGGCCAUCUCGAGUCCAAACCAGAGUCCAACGACACCUACGGAUGACCUCGGACCACGGCGGAGGUCGCGAUUGUUCGACGUCACAAGUUCGCCUACCGGCGGCAACGCGAGCUCGUCCAACUCGACGCCCAGAGCGAGCACUUCGGCAGCCGCCGCCACGGCUUUCGCGGCGACUUCGAGCCCUCCGUCGCCGUCGAUGUCGUCAGUGCCUGCCAACUCCAUCUCGAGACGAGCCUCGAUCAAUUUGGUUUCUGCUCCGCGGCCCUUUGCUCCUGGUUCACCGACGAGCUCGCGCGCACCGAACCGGUCCCAGCUCUCGGCUCAGCUCUCGAGCCCGUAUCCGGCCGCUCCACCGCCCGCCGAGUCGAUCAAGUUGACCAAGGUCCCCGAGUCCGUUCGGAGUGCGAUUGACUUUCGACCGAAUCUGUCGGGCAGUGCAUCCGACGGGGUUGCGUUCCCGACGCUCGAGAACGCUUUGCCUCGAACACCAUCUGCGACGCGCGCGCACUCGCCGGCUUCAGCAUCGGGAUCCGCUUCACCGGCGCACUCUGAAAACCGCUCGCGGCCAUCGUCAAAUCCUUCGUCACGACCGGGAUCACGACCCACAUCCCGUAGGACCAGUCUUGAUCGAGGACACCAUUCAAGCCCUUCACCCGCGACUCCGUCGACGGCUUCGUCGGCAUUUGCCCCUCUCUUUCCAUUCCCGUCCCUCGCCCCUUCUGCCUCGACCUCGUCCGCGGGCCGAAGUCGGACAAAAAGCGUGGCGCAACCUUUCAGCCAUGCGUCGUCCUCGUCGCCUUUCGAUAUGACUGGCUCUUCCUCGCUCGACGAGGCUCAGCACGACCUGGGCGUUUCCCCUCUCUCGGCGGGUUUGUCCCCUUUCGCCGCCAGCGCCGCCCGCGAUGCCCUCCUCUCCCCCGAGCUGUUAACUUCAAUCUCGCAGCGCCAAAUCGACAACGACUGGGCCGCGCCGAGCUCAUCUUUGCGAGUGACGAACCACCGCAUGUCGAUCGUCCCCACCAACAUUGGCUCCGGGAGCGGCCUCUUCGCCCCCGAGAGUAGCACCGACGAGUACGCGCAAAUCAUCGUCGCCAGUCGAGCGGCCAAGAUGCGCAAGUGGAAAUCGUCCAGUGGGUCGCACCCCGGCUUGGCGAGGGGUUCGUCGUGGCUCAGUGAUUUAUCGCUACAGCCGAGGUCGCAGGCGACCGACGAAGCGGGGUUGACUUCGGAUGCGGAGAUUGUCGAGAGGGACAUCACCCGCUUCGAAGGCGAGAGUGAAGGUGGCGCGCAGGUCGAGUGGGUCGAUUGGCUCGACGAAUACGAACGUAUGAAGGCGGCCAAAAUGCGAGCUGAGCAACAGAACACUGCGCUGGGGGCCGCUAGCGAGGCCGAGACAGUCGGUGAGUUGGUUGAUGACAAGGGCAAGGGCAAAGCACAUGGUAAGUGAUACGUUGAACUUGCAAAAUUAAAGCGACCACCUGAGCUUGCCUUCUAAUGUGGAGCUGCUGAAUCGCUUGCAGAGCAAUACUACCCUUUCGAAGCCACGACGGCCGCCAUGACACCUUCGUCUCCGGCUCGCAGCCUCGGUCCUCCGAUGACGCCCGGACUGAAGCUACAAUCCAUGCCAAGCGAGCUUUCGUCUUCGUCGAUACCCCUGAAGCCGACUGCAUCGCCUCUGCCGGAGCCAAUCGCGCCGCUCGUACGGACGACUUCGACGCUGAGCAAUGUCGGCGCUUCGCCCGGAGGCAAACGUCGUCGUAGCAAGCUUGGGUUCAAAAUUGAUACUUGGUGGAGCGCCGUGCGCUCGAGCUUCUCCCCUCUUUCGCCUACGGAUCAACGUGCACCUCGCACCCCGAGUGACCAAGCGACGUCGCCGCAUACCCUCGAACCCGUGGCCUCCCGCACGUCGUCGCAGUUUACGCGCCCUCAAACCCCGAAGCCAACGCUGCGUACGGCGAGUUCGGCGCAGGAUUUGAGUGCGCGUGCUCAAGCGGCCUCGAACAUGUACCAGAGCCGCUUCGGUGCUACCGUUCCCGCCGGAGCGCUCGCACCUGGCGUUCGUUUCGUCGCAAACAAUCGCUUGCAACCACCGAAGCCGGCACAACGCGAUUCAUCGGGAUCCGAUCCAAGCAGCGAGGGCGGCGACCCCGGAAGCGAGACGAAGCGCAAGAACCCACGCCUCUCGCUCAAUCUGGGACCGGCAUUCAGCACGCUCAACCGAGACGUGCGGACGGGGACCCAUGGUCAAGGUACGAAACUCAAGUCAGCGUCGACCGACUCGAGCAACUCGGCCUCGGCGGGCACGUCGCAUCGAUUCUUUUCUCCUAUCGUUCCGAACGGCCCUCCGUCUGCGGAAUCUCCAAAGAGUGGCAACUACUCUUCGACGGUCAACACUCAAUCCGGGGGCGUGUCGUUCUCACCCAUGUACUGGGACCAGACCCCAGCGCUGGUCCCGACAUCGACGCACUUCCCUAUCCGGGGUCUCCUUGCUCCAACGGAUCCUCUCCCCACCCCUGUCGAGGAGAAGCGACCCAAGCCACCUGCUGCGACGACGCAAACGCCCAACUUUUCGAUGCACAGUGUGCGCCAUACGAUCCGCUCGCGCCUCUCGGCUGCCAAGGAAAACUGCGACAAGGAGCUCCGUCGCAUCAUCCAGGGCAUCACGGCACACGUCGAGACCGAGUUACAUAAGAGCGACGAGGCGCCCUCGACCGCGAUGAUCGGUGGGACAGCUUACGAGGACGGCCGCUUCGGCGAUCUCAUCGUCAACGAAGACGCCAUGUUCGCCGGCGGACUACCCUACGACGUUGAUUCGGAGAACGAGACGGCGAUUGAUCUCGAUGAUGGCGACGAUAUAGCCAACACCGACUCGGACGGAGCGACGAGUCGUCCGUCCUCCCGUACGUCGCGGAUGCGCACGCCAAUGCUCUCGACCGGCGCUUCGCAACCUCGAGGAUCCUCAACAACGCAGGCUGCAAAGUCACCUCGCCGUGCUUCGCUUGCCCCUCGCAAGAGGUACCUGACGGCUGCACCUCGCUCGGCGGACCUUUCGGCCGUUUCGCUCUCGCUUGCCGAGGGGGCUACCAAGUCGGGUUCAGGCUCAGCCCAUAGUUCACGAUCGAACUCGCGCUCGCGCUCGCCGCUGCCUCCGCAGCUGCGCAACGUCUCGAAUGGAUCGCGCUCACCGGCAACCUCGACGACGCCGAACGCGGCACACUCCCGCGUGGCUCAACCGGCGUUCAUUGUCCUGCUACAAGAGAUCAUCACCGUCGCCACCGAGAUUCUGGAUACACCCGUCUCGAAGCUGACAUCGAACCCGCACUCGUGCUCCGACUUCAUCUCUCGCGUGCAACAGAUCGGCAAGGCGUGGGAUGAUAACCCAGAACUUGCAUGUCGCGGAUGGUACGUCCAGUUGCUGCUCGCCGUCGCUGGUCUCAGUCGAGUCAUCGAGUGGUGGGACGCAGAGCGUGGCUUCUGGUCGUUCAGCGAGGGCGACGACGCCGAUGCCGAGCCUAUCCUUUUCGUCACGAAACCGACGGCUGAGGAGUCACCCGAGGUUCGCGCACGGGGCGACAGCUGCUCGUCCUCUGCCGGCGCCAUCCUCGCUGCCGCCAAUACCAUGCCAGAAGGGAUCGUCGGGUCCGCUCCGAGGUGGUCGCCUCUCGGUAUCGAUCUCGGUGAACAGUCCGCGAAUCCGGACGACUCUGAGCCAACGCAGCAGCAGUUCGACGACAUCGACGCUGAUGCCGCGAGCGAGGAUGCCGCCGAGGCACACCACGAAGAUCUUCGUCAGACGGUGGAGCAGAUCCGAAGCUCGACGCUGUUGAUGGAGUUGACGCUCGAUGACCAGCUGUUCCAAUAUCUUUCGUCUGCUUGGCAAGAACUUGUCGGGUCAGUAAGGAGCUGAACCCAGGGUUUUGUCGACGUUCUACUGCUGAUCUCACUCUUUGAAUAAUCUUCUCCAUACAGUCUCGAACCCGCCGAAUGCCUCAAUUUCGGCAUCGCCGACUUUGUGUUCCCCGAGGAUGCCGCCGUCUUCGCCGAAGCAACUCGACAGCUCGAAGCUGACGACUCGCACACCGUCGAGGUCAACUUUCGACUACGAGUGGGCUCGUCGUCACAAUCCUCGAACGAUGAAGAGUCACCGGAAGAUUUGUACGAAGCCAUGGAGGGCAAAGGCAUGCUCAUGCUCGACGGUAUGACGGGCUCGCCUUCGCACACCAUGUGGGUCGUUCGUCCCGCUCCCUUGGCCGACCAGACCGACGAUCCCGUCGGAGACACGCUUGCUCGAUUCGGUCUUGAUAUGAAGCAUCGUCGCAGCGCGAGCGACCCCGUCGCGUACCAGGUGCCACACCCGCGCUUGGCGAUCGAGACGGUGCUUUGCCGCAUUUGCGAGCGAGCGACGCCGAUUUGGUUCUUUGAGAAGCACAACGAGACGUGUAACGAGACCCAUCGACUCGAAGGUGACAUAACGGACUGCAACGAUCGACUCAAGGAACUCGCACGCACGAUCGACGACGUUGCCGCUGCAAUCGACGAAGCUAGUCUUGAGAACGUCGCCGAGUAUCGCGGAAUUCCACUGCUUCAGUCCUCGGCGACUGAUACUCCCCCCAGCUAUCUCGAAGGCCUCAAGUCCCCGCUCGGUGCAGCUGCGAGUGCUCGUCCUGGUCCGUUCCAAGUCAGGAAGGCGCAGCACAAGACCUUGGACCAGAUUCAUGACAUUGUACAGACCGCACUCUCGAUCUCGACCCCGUCCGUGCUGGACGAGACGGGGGAUAUUCCAAUCCAAGAUCAACGGCUUCUUAGUCCGAAUGUAAGUGAACCUGGGACGCUUCUCGGAGAAGCUUGGUUGCGUGUUCAUUGAACUUUUUUUCCUCCGUCCUUACCUUCAUAGUCCGAGAGCAAUCUGGCAGCGGUUAUGCGAUGGCAACGACCGGUCGCCGAUGAAGCCGCGCUGGUUCGACUCGUUCAAGACGCCGAAGAGCAGAUCCGCUUCAAGCUCAAUACGGUCAAUCGUCUCCGCAACACGAUCUUGUAUGCGGAGAAGGUACGACAGGAGUGGGAAGCGCGAGCCCAUGAAGCGCUCGCCGCUGCCAAGGAGGAGGCUCGUGCUUCUCCCUUUGGCUCGCCGGCACUGCAACCUUUCCCCUCCAACGACGCCGUCGAGGCGCUCGAUAUCCCCGAGAAGGAUAGGGUCCGUCGUCACAGUUCGCUCUAUGGCUUGACAUCUCCCCUGCUGUCGCCGCAAGACUCGCUCGGCGGAAUAGGCUCGCCACUUGGAUCAUCGGUCUUGUCACCUCGCAUCCCGUCGGGUGUCCCUUCGUCGCGAACCAAGGCGUCUUCGAUCAAGGAUUUCAAGAUCCUCAAGCCGAUCUCCAAGGGUGCCUGUGAGUAUGCUAUGGUCUCCGGCCAUCGUGAUCUGUAUGACCGUCUUCUAAUUCAUUCUUUCAUCCAGUCGGAUCGGUUUACCUCGCGCAGAAGAUCACGACGGGCGACUACUACGCCAUCAAAACGCUCAAGAAGUCCGACAUGGUUGCCAAGAAUCAAGUUACCAACGUCAAGGCUGAACGCAUGAUCCUGAUGACGCAGACCGAGUCCGAUUUCGUCGUCAAGCUCUACUACACGUUCCAAAGCAAGGACUACUUGUACCUCGUGAUGGAGUACCUGAACGGCGGCGACUGUGGCGCGCUGGUCAAGAAUCUGGGCGAGCUGCCCGAAGACUGGGCCAAGCGCUACAUUGCCGAGGUCAUCGUCGGCCUUGAGUACCUGCACGCCUCCGGGAUCGUUCACCGUGAUCUCAAGCCAGACAACCUGCUGAUCGACUCCAAGGGCCAUCUCAAGCUUACCGACUUUGGCCUGAGCCGAAUCGGUCUGCUCGGUCGUCAGACGCAAAUGCCGACCGCUCGAGGACGAGGUUUUGGACCCGGGCGUGACUCGUUGCGUUCGCUAUCGCGCGAUCCUGCGCUUUCACAGUCGUCGUCGCCGUCUUCGACUCCGGCAAAUGCGCUCGGACAGUCGCCGGCCUCGUACUUUGGAAGCGUGGCCAUCACGGACUCGUUCUCGCUCGACACGCCGGCAAGUGAACGCUCGUCGGGCAGUGGCGAUCAGGCGUCCAACAAAGCUCCCGCGCAGACAGCCGCCAACCCGUCCGUCGAUCCCCUCACUACCUCUAGACAGGAAGCUCCUGUCGAACGGCCGCAAAAGUUCGUGGGUACGCCAGAUUAUUUGGCCCCGGAGAGUAUUCUGGGUGUCGGUACCGAUGCAUGUGUCGAUUGGUGGGCACUUGGUGUCAUCUGCUACGAGUGAGUGUCUUCUUUUCUACAUUGGCAAGAUGUUCUUUCCUGACCCCUGCGUCUGUUCGCGUACAAUGCACAGAUUCCUUUACGGUGUACCUCCGUUUCACGACGAGACGCCGGAGAAGGUCUUCGAAAACAUUCUCUCGCACCGGAUCGAAUGGCACGAGGACCUCGUCGAGUACUCCCCCGAAGCCCGGGACUUUAUGGAGCGUCUGCUAAGUACGGACCCGAGCCGCCGCCUCGGAAGGGGUGGUGCUGCAGAAGUCAAGGCGCACCCGUGGCUCGAGGGUGUUGACUGGGCCAACCUACUCCAAGGGGAAGUUAAGUUCGUGCCCAAUGUGACCGACCCGGAGAAUACGGACUAUUUCGAUCCUCGAGGUGCGACCGAGCAAGCUUUUGCCGACGAAGACACUCAACCCGACGAAGUCAAGACGGUCGCAGCCACGAGUUCGACGAGCAUAUUCAAGGAUCCCAUGCUCCCUGGUGCGCAGCCGACCGUUGCUACGAACCUCUCCGACAUCAAGAACUCAGUCUCUUCCUCUGGCGCAAGGUCAAUCGGCUCCAACUCCACCUCGACCUCGAGACGCCUCGCGCGGGAACGUUCCGAGACCGAGCCUUCGCCGCACGACGACUUUGGCACGUUCAAUUUCCGCAACUUGACCGUGCUCAAGCAAGCGAAUGACGACGUGAUCAAGAAGAUGCGCGACGAACAGCUCCUCCCGCCCGCGCUCUCACCGCUCGAAUCGCCGAUCAUGCACAACCGCCCGCUCGCUUUGGCAGGAAGCAAGACGAGCCGAAGCCGUACGACGAGCGUCGACUUCCGGGGUCCCUCAUCCCCGUCGUCUCCCUCGGCAUCGUCGAGUAGCUCUGUACCCUCGCGCCAGACCGCACCCUCGUCACCUUACAGUCUCCAGUCCUCGCACUCGCGCCGAGCGUCGGAGAUCCCUCCCACCGGUGCACCUCCUACAGCGAUCGACCGGCUCAAGACUCGUCAAACGAGCAUCCCAACUGUUGGACCUGGUGGUACUUCAGGUCAUUCGAGACGGAACUCGUUGCCGUCACGCUUGCGUCGCACAUCGAUCAGCGAUUCAGGUCGAUCUUUGCCCUCGGAGCAUUCGCUGCCCCAUGAACGUCGUCGCACUUCGGCCCAGACAGCGAGUUCGAGCAAAUCGUUGCUCGAGGACACGCAAGAGAGCGCGUCGCCUCCAUCGCUGGAGGAAGAGGUGCCGGACACGAGCGCUAAUAACAUUACGAACGCCAACGCGUAUUCGAUGCUCUCGCCGCCCGCUCCUUCUACCCGCGCUGUUCAGGAGUCGACCUCGGCGCCGGUCCCCAUUGCUCCGAUCGCUGCUGCGCCGAUCGCCGCCACGUCCGUACUCUCGAGCAGUUCUCGUGCCAACACGAUCGAUUGCCUCGUCGCUGGUCGCAACCCCAUCGUCACCAAGGUGCUCGAGACGAUGCUCAUCCGCCUCGGCUGUCGCUGUGUCGUUGUCUACAACGGCGGCGACGCCAUCCUAGCCGCACAAGGCGUCAAGUUCGACCUCAUUUUCCUCGACAUCCAAAUGCCCGUCGUUGACGGCGAGACGGCGGCUCGAAUGAUCAAGUCGACCAAUAACCCGUCGCAGAACACGCCCACGAUCGCGGUAUGCUCGCAUGCUGGCGCCGUCGACAACCAAGCUGGGACCUUGUUCAGCGGUGUUUUGCCUAAGCCAAUUGUAAGUCGCAGAUCACUGGGGUAAUUAACUCCAAGCUUAUAUCUAACGAUUCGCUCGCGCUUCUCUCUGCUACAGUUGAAGGCCGACUUGCUGCGCAUCUUCUCUCGACUCGGCUUUAGGCUUGAGGAGAAGCCGACCCGACGAGGGUUGGGCAACUCGGUAUUAGGCAACGAAUAUCGCCGCGGCUCGGUCGACGACCCACCGUCGUCUCGUCGCGAAUCGGUCACGGCCGGCUCGGUUGCGGGCAUGAGCGAUCGCCGUCGCUCGAGUGGCGACUUGCUCAAUCUACCCUCGGACGAACGAAGGGGCAGUGGUUGA